UGUCUCCACCAUGGGAGACUGCGUAGAUCUCCCCUUUUUCUCCCUUUCUCUUUCUCAGUAAAUCUUAUAGCUCGGAGCAGCUUACCUUAUUCUCUUCUCAUCUAUGCUCUAAGUCACCCCAACAAUGUCUCCAACCACCUUCUUCUUGCUUCUCUUGUCCUGCUCCGUCUACUGUCUAUCCUCCACCGCCCACACCCGCCGCAUUCUUCACCAGCCCUUCCAGUCCUUACGUUCCGACCCCCCUGUCUCUGCACCGCCGGCGUCCCCCGUUUAUGGGGACGCUCCUUUCUUCCCUUCCAACCGUUUGCUUCCACCUCCGUCGCCGCUGUCUCCCAAGGCAUUGGCGUCCUUCCCGGCGAAUAUAUCUUCUAUCAUCGUUCCGCGCGCCCAGGAAACUAAUCCGGUGUCUUCGAAGCUCAUUGGCACUGCCAUCGCUAGCGCGUCCGCUACUGUCAUUGUCAUUACGAUUGGCGUCGUGCUGCUUUUCCGGAAGAAGAUGAAUCGUUCUGUUUCCGGUGAGUGGAAAUCACACAGAUCCGAUAGCAGUGCUCGAUUAAGUUACUGCAAUAGUAUAGGCGGCGGCCGUAACCCGCUCGUUCCGAAGCUCCAGAGGCCAUGUCAACCCAGUUCCGAGCUCCUUUACUUGGGCACUGUGGCCAAUUUACACGGAGCAAGCGCACCGCGCAAUCUGCAAACCACUCCUAGCAGUAUCUCCACUAGAAAUGUGAGGCCGCUAAAACCGGGCUCGCCGGAGCUCCGCUCGUUAGCGCCGCUUCACAGGCAGAGCUUUGAGCUACACUACGAGAUUGGUUCCGAAGCAGACGAAGAGACUGACGUGUUUUAUUCUCCGAAAGGGUCGUUGGGUGAUAGAGAGAGCUCCGUUGGAACUGGAUCGGCUUCCAGGAGAGCAUUCUCAGCGGUUGAGGUCGAAAUUUUUGAACAAUCCUCCUCAUCUUCAUCCUCUCCAAAGAUGCCAGCCUGUUUGAGAAUUCCCCCGCCUGAAUCCUGCUCAAGGCUAAGGUCACCUGAAUCCCUUCCUAUUCAAACUGCUCUUUCUCCACUUCAGUCUCCGCCUCAGCAUCCACCUCCAGUCUUUGUGGCGCAUUGGACGUAUACGAGAGAAUCUGAUUCUCCCUCGCCUGCGAGUUCUUCCUCGCCUGAGAGAGAUUCUAGAAGAAGUAUAGAUUCAUCUCCUGGAACUUCUUGCACUUGGGAUCGCAGUAUAAAAUCUCCUCUCAGAAUCUGCAACAGUGUGGAAUCUCCACCUCAGUUGGACUCUCAUUUUAGACUUGACAUCCAAGGAAUUGAAUCUCCUGAGAGAAUUAGCUUUAGCCGUACUGAAUCUCAUGCAAGAACCAGCACUUCACUCCCACAGAGUGGCCACAGCCUACCAAUUUCUGCUGCACCAUCCCCUUUUCCACCAGGACCUUCUUUUUGUACUCCAGCUCUCACACGCCCACCUCCCCCUCCCUCAAUUAAAAUGUGGGAAAGUCCACACACUCCCAGCAUGGAUGAAUCCCCUGAACUAGUCAAUUCCUUCAGACAGAUAAAAAUCGAGAGUCCGACAUUGUCUUCUCCAGUUCAGUUGCCUCUUAAACCAGAGUCUGGUGAGAGUAAUGCACAGAUGGUUGGGCUCUGUUCAACUGAAAGUUCUGAAAAGAAUGAGGACAAGACAAAACCAAUGUUGAAACCUUUGCAUUGGGAUAAAGUGCUGGCAAGUUCACAUGGGGAAAUAGUGUGUGACCAUUUGCAAUCAAAUUCAUUUAAGGUGGAUGAGGGGAUGAUGAAGACACUGUUUGCCACAAGUGAUCCCAAUUCAAAAUCAAAUUUAAAGGAAACAGACCAGUGCCAACGUCUUCCUUCAUUGAGCCAAGAAAACAGCGUCUUUGACCGGAAGAAGUCACAGAGCAUUUUUAUUUUGUUGAAGGCACUAAAUGUCACUAUUGAAGAUAUAUGCAAAGCUCUCUUAGAAGGAAAACUUGAUGCUCUUGGGACUGAGCUUCUUGAGACCUUGAUGAAAAUGGUUCCAUCUAAAGAGGAGGAGCGUAAGCUUAAAGAGUAUAAAGACAACUCACCAUUCAAACUCGGACCGGCUGAGAAAUUUCUCAAGGCAUUGCUCGACAUACCUUUCGCAUUCAAAAGGAUACAAGCAAUGCUCUACAUUUCCAAUUUCGACUCUGAGAUAAAUCAUCUCAAAAGGUCGUUUGAAAUUCUUGAGUUGGCUUGUGAAGAUUUGAGGAGCAGCAGGAUGUUCUUGAAGCUUCUGGAGGCAGUUCUGAAGACUGGGAACCGGAUGACUGGGGGGACAGCCUGCAGAGAUGUACACGUGUUUAAGCUUGACACACUUCUCAAGCUCGUUGAUGUCAUGGGGGCUGAUGGAAAGACCAGUCUCUUGCAUUUUGUUGUUCAGGAGUUAAUAGGAAGUGAAGGCGCUCGUGUAUCUACAUCAAACCAACAUGAAAAGAUGUCCUUCAGUGAUGAUACCAUGUUCCACCAGAGGAUUGGCCUCCAGGCUGUCUCUAGACUCAGUUCAGAGCUUAAAAAUGUGAAGAAAGCUGCCAUCAUGGAUUCAGAUGUCCUCCACGGUGAUGUCUUAAAGCUUUCGAAAGGGUUUGAUGACAUUGUAGAGUUUUUACUAUUGGAUAAAAGUAGUUGCGCUCCUAAGUUUUCAGAAUCACUGAGCAUGUUCGCAAAAAUGGCGGAGGAGGAAAUUAUAAGGAUCCGAGCACAGGAAAGUGUGGCUAUAUCUCUAGUGAAGGAGAUAAUUGAAUACUUCCAUGGAAAUUCAACCAGAGAAGAGGCACACCCCUUUAGAAUUUUCAUGGUGGUGAGGGACUUCCUGGUGAUUCUCGAUCGCGAAUGUAAUGAAGUUGGAAUGAUAAAUGAGAGAACGAUGGUGAGUUCUGGACAUAAAUUUCCUGUUCCAGUGAACCCCAUGCUGCAUCCAGGUGGAGGGUUUUCCCAGAGAAUGCAGUUCGGAUCUUCUGAUGAUAGCUCUUAGCACGAGACCCUAUUUUCCCCACUUCGCAAACAAACUUUAUAGAUUUUAGACCAUAUGCAAGCUGAGGUAGUGCAAGAUAAACCACAUUCACAACCUGAGGAAGUGUGUUAGAGUUGGCGUUAUAGAGAUGUUGAAGAUGAAUGAGUAAAUCCACUGCUCAGACGUUGUGUCAUUAUCGUGGCUCAGUAUUCAACACCAUGGAUGAACUUUCAAAUUGCUUGGAACAAGAACAAGAGCAUAUUGGGUUAUAAAGGAACAGGUGUAUGCGGGGCUAUGGUUGCAAGGGCUGGACAGAGACUGUCAUGCUGACGCGGCUGGUCAAAAUUUGGAGGGGCUUAAAGUUGAAAUUCAUGAAUUCCAGGAGUGGCAGAUGAUAGAUCAAGAGGAUGGGGAUCAAAACAAAGAGGUGCACUCUGUGAAGUUAAAGUGUUGAGCCUUAUUAGCCCUUUGCCCCUUUCAGUCAUAUUCCCCUCAACGUUUGCUUCAGUUGAAGACAAAUUAUAAAGUUGCCUUCCAACUAACAACAUAACGUGAAUACGUGACCAGUCAUGGAUCUCCUAAUGCCAACAUCUUCAGCACAAGACCCUCUUACUUCCGCAAGCAUUGAGCUAAACUAUUUUGAGAUUACGGUUUGGAUGUUGCUGCUGCUUUGGAGGUGGCGAAAAGAAAAAUUUCAGUGAAAAAAAUGAGGAAAAAUAGUGGUCCCUGCAAGCUGCUCGCUGCCCUGGGAUCGGUGAAGGAGACGCAGACGCGAUCGAUUUUGCCCGCUCCCUGAGUUCGGAUCGAUGCUUGACUGCUGCUUGCUCGCUGCACAGAUGGAAGAUGUCUUCUGAUACGUAUUUUAGUUCUGCACCGAUGGAUGAAAUCUUCUCGCUGAAGAAUUCGUUGUGGGCUUGUGGGCUUCUAUCGAAGAGGAAGUGUUAUGCUUCGUGUUUCUUUUUUUAUUGUGCUUCGUAUUUUAGUCAUUGGAAUCCCAAAAAUUUCAACUUGUAAUUUAAUGAAGAUGAUUUUUGAAUUUUUGAUACUCAUUUUGUAGUUAUGUAUGCUCAAUUAGUACUGAUGUUCUGCUCAUUUUAAAUGUGACAUUGAUGCAUGUCUUAAAAGUGUCAUAUACAAUGAUUCUAAUACUUAAUAGAGAAAAUUUGAUGCUCAG